GCGAGGACGACCCCUCCCACUAUAUCAACGACAUCGUUAAGGACAUCUUCGAGCGCGAGACCCUCGCACUGGCGGCGCCGUCCAUGACCAUGGAGGAUAUCUUCCGGGCCACCACCAGCUCGUCCAUCAACCACCACGCCGUCUUCGUGUUCGAGUUCGAGAACGUGCAGAUGGAGCUCAAGCAGCUGGCGGAGGCGGAGGACGACGGCGCAGGCGCAGCAGGGCAGACGGGGAAGGUCGAAGAGGAGGUGCAGAGUAACGCUGAGGGCGGGAGCAAUCAGGAGGGCCGACCAGGCAAGAUGGGUCAAAUCAUGGGGUGGGCCUCCAAAUCGCUGAAGCCGCAAAUCCUUCAGGCAAGAUGGGAAGGGAAAUCCGUUUUGGGCCACUGGGCCCUUAUGCAUGUGCACCCCCCAUCCGCUGGGCUCCGCCUUCUGUCCAAACCUUGGAGAUCCAGCCUUGGCCCUUGGAGUAGAUAAAAAAUCUCUGUCACACCCGGAUUUAAGGGCAAACCCGGGCGCGUCUCAAAUGUGUGCUAGGAUCAAGUCUCACACAUAUGAUGACUCAUGUUAUAGAAAUCAAUGUCAUAUCUUUAUUAAAUAAUCGGAGUUUCUUUACAAAAUAACUAAAUACAAUACACCAUAUGACGACGAGAUCCUCCACCAACAAAGUUGACUGGGAGACGACGGCUUAGAUCUCUCCGAACUCAUCUUCAUGAUUCUCCUCUGGUGGUA